AUGACGACGAGCGCUCAGCUGACGCUGACGGCGAGCGCGUGGAGCGACAAUAAACCUUCAGUUGUUUCCAAACCUUCGCAGGCUGCGGUAGUCCUUCUCCCUCCGCGUGGCCUGCCUCAUUUGGUGACCCGCGUCGAACAUACGCAGCCCUUGCCUGAGUCGAUGGCAUCACCCUCAGGCAAUCAUUCCUCCAGCGCAGAUGACCCGCCUAUUUCGACGACCACUACGCUGCGGUUGCCCCCUUUUUGGCGCCAGAACCCGUGGUCUUGGUUCAGACAGGUCGAGGCCCAAUUUCAGCUUCGACAUAUCCAGUCCCAACAGUCAAAGUAUUUUCACGUUCUGGCUGGUCUUCCUCCGGAAGUUGCGGCAGAACUGGACGAUGUCCUCGCCGCAGUUCAGCUCGAUCAGGCGUACGACGUUCUGAAGACCGCCAUCUUGGACAGAAUGGAAGUGUCCGCACGCGCUAAACUCCAGCAGCUACUGUCUGACGAAGACUUGGGCGACCGAAAGCCAUCGCAGAUGCUCCAUCGCAUGAAACAACUCCUCGGAGAUUCCGCUACCGAAGAGCAGCAACCCAUCUUGAGAGAGCUGUUCUUUCAGAGACUUCCGCAAGCGAUGCGUGUGGUUUUGGCAGGGUCGGAAGAUUUAUCCCUUGACCGACUGGCCACAUUGGCUGACCGGAUUGCGGAUUACUCAGAGCCCCCUAAGCCGUCCAUCAUGGCCGCAGCCACCUCGGAGCAGUCCCCGCGCUUGGACCGCAUUGAGCUCCAGCUCCAACAGCUCACUGAUGCCUUGCAAUCUCUCACGGCUGCCGGUCCUCGACGCCGUAGCCGUUCCGCUCCCCGAUCCCGCCGCCGCUCAUCACCGACUCCUUCUCAAGAACCCCAGGUCGCUAACCGGCUUUGCUGA